AUAUAUACCUAUGGGUACUGGUGUCAGCUGACUUCUAUUCAUAUGACUGCUGUUAGCUAGAAGCCUUCGGAGAUUAGUCUGUGGGACGCAGAGGGAGACAUUACAUAUUAAGUUACCUUUGUGUCGCAAUUAGCCUCCGGUUUCCUCGUAGCUUGUCGCUACACAUUCAUUUCGUGUUUGCUUGUGUCUGGAGCAAUUAGACGCUAGCAUGUCGAGCUAGCUACCUCAAAGAGACUGGUCAAUUAGUGAAAAUGGAUAAAAUUAUUAAAGAUGUUGGGGAUAUCCAGUCCCGGCUGCUCGACCACAGGCCCGUUAUCAAUGCAGAGAUCCGUUACUUUGUGAGGGAAUUUGAGGAGAAAAGGGCGCACAGGGAAAGUCGGCAACUGGAGAGCCUGAGUAAAGUGGUGCAAGAAGCAAAUGAGCAAGUGCUUCCCUCCGAUUUAGAGGGCAUGAAGCAGCAGCUCUCCGAUGUCAUUGCUCGAUUGAGGGCUGCUAAUCACAUGGCAGAAAGAAUCCAGCAGAGGGAGCUAGAGGCCCAGCAGAGCAGCCAGCUGCAGGAAAACAUGGAGCGUAUGAAAGAUGAGUGGGCGGACUUCCUGAAGGAGCAGCAGCGAUGGAAGGAAGAGGUGCUGGAAGCUGACUGCCGGUGGACUGUAAAAUGGCCACAGCUGGAGCUGUUGUUCCUCUUUCUCUGGCCUAACUUCCAACUGCACCCCGUCUCCUGCUUUUGUGUCGACGAAACCAUUUUGUUUGCGACCGCAACUUCGAACUGUGUCAACAUAACAGUGGGUACGGAAGGUUUUCAGACCCCCUUAAAUUUUUCACUCUUUGUUAUAUUGCAGCCAUUUGUUAAAAUCAUUUGUUAUUUUUUUUCCUCAUUAUUGUACACACAGCAGCCCAUUUUGACAUUUGGAAUUGUUGACAUUUUUGCUGAUUUAUUAAAAAAGUAUUCUACUAAAUACUGAGCAAAAGGUCUGAAUACUUAUGGCUGUGUGAUAUUUCAGUUUUUCAAAUGGCUGCACUAUAACAAAGAGUGAAAAAAUAUAAGGGGGUCUGAAUACUUUCCGUACCCACUGUGGAUCCAUCCAUCCAUUUUCUGUACCGAUUAUCUUCGCUAGGGUCGCGGGCGUGCUGGAGCCUAUCCCAGCUAACUUGGGGCGAGAGGCGGGGUACACCCUGAACCGGUCGCCUGCCAAUCGCAGUGCACAUAUAAACUCACCUUCACACCUACGGGCAAUUUAGAAUCUUCAAUCAACCUACCAUGCAUGGUCGACCAGCCAAUGUGCUUGACCUGAGAGGUUCCAAUGUUUAUAAUCCACCCUAACCCAUUAACCCUGGGCCUGGGCCUGACAUAUUGCUGACAUUUUUUUUUUUUACUAAAAGACUCAGAGAGAGACUCGAGACCGAACCCGAAUCCAAAUCUGAACCUGCUAACACUAACCGAGUAACCCUAACCCUGGGCCUGAAAGCUCUUCCAAAGCCAAAAGACGCAUAGAGAGAAAGACAUGAUCAAUCAAAAACAAAGUUCCAAAAAAGGUUGGGUAGGGAUGAGGGGAACAAAGAUGAAAUUAGCCAUAAAAUGCAAGAAAAGAGCAGACCCUGGCCUGCAUAUCAAAGUAAGGCCCAGUCUUCCCAGGACCUGCUGCUUCCCCAACAGCCAAGUCAAACUCAUUACACGGCUUAAUGGCUUCUGUGGAUGCACCUUCGCUUGCGCUGUGACUGCUUCUGCAGAUGCCGCAAGGUGCAGGCUGCACUCAGUCACCCGCGCACUCACACGAGCCUUACUCCACAUCAUAUCCGAGACACACACGCUUUCCUACAUGUGAUCCAUCAGGUCAUUUUAUUGGUCACCUGCUCAGGCACGGAGACAUAAACUGACUUUGAUGACACAGGCGCACAAUAAAGCCGACGUUUACAAUAAGACAUGAACACGAGCAUUGUAGUGUCCACCUGUGUGCGCAGACAAAUGCGGUUUGGUGAGUCUUGGACAGGAAUUGGAAACCAAUCUGUCUGAGAAAAACAGUAAACAUCUGUUUUGUAAGUUGGCCACCUCUCGUCAGCAACGUGGGCCAGACCUGAAUGAAGCCUUGGCCCCCUUUAACAUUUCCCAUGACAGCGAGCGAGAGCACCAAUCAGCGAGUGACAGCAUCUUUUUUUUUUUUUCUUUUGCGUAAGCUGGGGAAAAUAUUAACAAACAUUGACGCAAGCAUUAAAUGCAGGAACACUUUUUGGAGCGCCUUAGAAGCAUGUCCAAAGGGAAUAAAAGCACAGUCUUAUACAUGCUGUACAGUAUAUGGCUUGCGAAUGGACAAGUCAUACUGGUUUAUUAAAGACAUUUAUGGCACGUCUCAUAUGAAAUUCCAUCUGCUUAAAUAUUGAUUCAACCAACCUCUUCUUUGUAACUUUCUUGGCUUGCAUGGCAGCUGCUUUAUUUGUCGCUACGCAUCGGCUUUUUCUUGGACUCCGGCGACACCGUGUUAUCCUCUCCUUUAUCGGAAAAAGACUCUCCGUCACAUCACUGUGACAUCCAGCGUCGGGGAAAGUUCAUUUUCGACGCAAACCAGUUCAAAGUUCAGCCCGCCGUUCCAAAAAGGAACUAGUUUCGUUAUUCACAAUUUGUGAACAAAGUUCCCUGUUCCAAUUUUAUUCCAAUCACAAAUAAAAGUGAAAACAGCAUUUUUAUAUUUUUCCAGCUUUGCAGCAUGUUCAAUUCAAGGAAAGCAGGUGACAAUUCCAAUACUUUCCCUGUUAAACGCAGCUUUUAUCGGUCUUCCUGCAUCCAGCACAAAGCAGUGGCACAACAUAGACCCAUUUGAACUCCAGCGGAAGAUUUCACUCCACAACCGUUAUGACCAACUUUCAACACACCCUUCCCUUCCCUGUCAUUUCGUUCUCUUCAUGGCGCUCCAGUCUCUGCUUUGCUUUCCAAAGUCAGUUUUACACCCAUUAUGUGGCACUUGGUGUCAUUCUAUCUCGCACUUUCCACCUCCCCCACAUUUUUCUUCUUUAUUCGCCCUCACCUUACUUCCGCUCACACACUGUCAGAAAAAAACCACAGAAUGCUUUUCAGUUUCCAUCCUUUAAUGUUUUUGAAGGGACGGACGGGCUUUGCAAGGAUGUGGGAGAGCCCUUUCCCUGCUGCUGUUUCCCAUUCCCAGCACAGGUGUCUACUGCUCUAGUGACUCAUCUGAAAAGGACAUUGGUUCCCCUCUGUUGGUCAUAUCCUGUGUCCCGGAUAUGAUACUGUCAUGUGGACCUAAUGGAAAGUCAUUUGGCUUUGGAUUGCGUUGCGCAGUCAUGGGAGGAGAAUGCUGAGAGCUUUUUUGGAAAGAAUUGAAAGUAUGCAGUAAUUCCCUGCUGUUUCACAGACAAACCCUUUGGACACUGUUCUCGUACUGUAGCCUACUGGUUCUGUGGCUUUGUAAUUUUUCACUGGAUAAUUUUCAGUGUUGGUAAACUGGAUAAUAUCAAUUCUGCAAACAUAAGGCUAUUAAUGGUACAUCUCAGCAGACAAAUGUGUGUCAAUGUCACAGUGAGACAGGUGCCCCCACAAGACCCCCUUCAACCGACUCCAAACACCCAUCAACAUCAUCAUCUGUGAACAUAGAGAUGGUGUGUCUUGCCAAAACUUUUGAGUGUUGUCUUGUCUGUCCAUAGGACAUUCUCCCAGAAGCUUUGACAAGUCACAAGGCAAACAAAACUGGAACCUUUUGGCAAGGCACAUCAGCUGUAUGUUCACAGACGCAAAAUUAAGCAUAGCAAGAAAAGAACACUGUGCCUACUGUGAAACAUGGAGGAGGCGUCUUUAUGUUUUGGGGCUGCUUUGCUUAAUGUGGCACAGGGUAUCUUGUAUCUGUGCAGAGUACAAUUAAAAUCUCAAGAAUAUCUAGGUAUUCUAGAGAAAAAUGUACUGCCCAGGGUCAGAAAGCUUGGUCUCAGUCGUAGAUCGUGGGUCUUUCUUCUGGCUCAGCCAGAAGAGACUGCGUAGAAAUGGUAUCCAUUGCAGGCCGAGCAAAAAAAUAAAUAAAUUCUGAAGGAGAGUGUUCGGCCAUUAGUUCGUGACCUCAAGCUGAAGCACACUUGGGUUCUGCAGCAGGAUAACAAUCCAAAGCAUAGCAGCGAGUCCAUUUCGGAAUGGCUUUAAAAUAAAACCAAGAUUAAGGUUUUGGAGCGACCUAGGCAAAGUCCAGACUUGAAUGUAAUUGAAAUGCUGUGGAAUGAACUUUAAAAGGCCCUUCAUGCUGGUAAAAACCCUCCAGUGUUGCUGAAUUAAAACAAUUCUGCAAGGAGGAGUGAGCCAUAAUAUCCUCACAGAGCUGUGAAAGCCAGUUAUAGAAAAUGCUUGAUUUAAAAUCUUUUAAUUUGAAAGGUUUAGGGGGCAAUUCCUUUUUCACAAAGAGCCAGGUAGCUUUGAAUAGUAUUUGUUUUCCUCAAUAAAUAAAAUCACAAAACUGCA